UAUGAAACUUUUUUUUUUUUUAUUGUGCUUUCAAUUUUACCAUUAAUUAAUCACUAUUUUUAAUCUGUUUAGUGCUUGAGUAUUGUAAACUAUUAUUUUGACAAAAGUGUUUAGUAUGACUUAAGGAAUGUGAACAUAUUUUUAUUCUAGUUAUUCGUUUAGUGUUCUGUAAUUUUUGGUAAAACGUGUUUUUGUAAAUUAUUCAUUAUAAAUUAUAAUUAUAAUAUUUGACUGUAAACAUAUUCAAUAUGCCAUCUCUACGGAACACUAUUUGCGAAACACUUCUUGGAGAACCUGAUCAAGAUGCUAAUUCUGCUUUAAUCGAACUUGACAAAGGACUUCGUUCCAUUCGUGCCGGAGAACAAUGUGAAGCCAUUGUACGUUUCCCUCGACUUAUUGAAAAAUAUCCUUUUCCAAUUCUCAUCAAUUCGUCAUUUUUGAAGUUAGCUGAUGUUUUUCGAUUGGGCAGUAAUUUUCUUCGUUUUUGGGUGUUGCAAGUAUGUCAGCAGACCGAAAAACACAUAGACAAAAUUUUAAAUAUUGAUGAAUUUGUCCGUAGAAUUUACAGCGUAAUUCAUUCUAAUGACCCAGUUGCUAGAGGGUUGACUUUACGUACGCUGGGUAGUGUUGCUCGUAUUAUACCUGAAAGAGGGCAAGUACAUCAUAGUAUUCGUACUAGUUUAGAUUCACACAAUUCUGUGGAAGUAGAAUCUGCAAUUUAUGCAGCUGCACAAUUUGCAGCUCAGUCAAAAUCGUUUGCUGUAAGUAUGUGUAGUAAGAUUUCAAACAUGAUUCAGGGUAUUUCAACUGAUGUUGUUAUGAAACUUGAACUUAUUCCAAUAUUAAAACAUAUGCAUCAUGAUACGACUACUGCAACAAUGGUUAGAACACUUUGUACUGAUUUAUUAGAGAAAUAUCCUGCUCAAGAUUUUGUUCUUGUUACACUGAAGACUCUUAAUCAAUUAGCUUUGUCAAUUUUAGUUGAUGUACCAAAGCAAAUAGAAUUACUUUUAAAAUAUUUAAGUGAAGAUAAAAGACCAUUAGUUUGCAAAUGUGCCAUUUCUGGUUUAUAUCAAAUAGCUAAAGAAGGUGCACAUUUUUGGUCAGAACAAACCAUUAACACUUUGGUUAAUAUUUGUGAAAAUUUUAAUGUAGAUAAUAAUUUAAAAGCAGAUGCCAUUAAUAUAUUUGUACCAUUGAUAAAAUCUCCUGCUAUAUGUCAAUUUCAUUACAGUACAGUUAGUCCUCUUAUGAAAAUGUGUAUUGCUGAGUCCAGUUCAUUACAUCAAUCAGUUGCUGGAAAUGCAAUUAAAGUAUUAACAAAUAUCGCAUGUUAUGGUUUUGAAGAAGACAUUCUGUCAGAAAGUGAUAUUGAUACUUUAAAAGUUUGCAUUCAAAGUUAUCUUUUGUCUGUAUUGUCUACUGGACAUACACAUGAUAAUGGUUUAGAAGGUUUAAGCAUUGAAGAACGAUUAUUUAUUAAGAACACUUUAAAAUCUGAUAAUAUUGAUGAGGUAGUAGAUGUUGAUGGUACUCCAGUAAACUACGAUAAAUCAUCAUAUUAUCUUCGUGAUGGUUUACGGUCAUCUGUUUUGCUAUGCAAGGCUAAUAAAAAUUUAAUCCCAGAUUUUGUUUCACUUGUUGUUAAACCAUUACAACAAGAUGGAUCUGAAUUAAAUCCAUUGAUAUGUGAAGCUAUUGCUGCCUUUGGAGGUAUUUUACCUGGUACUUUACAACAAUUUCUACCAAUUUUUCUUAAACGUUUAACAGACUUAAAUAAAAAUAGAGACCAAGAAUCAGUAUCUACUACAAUUUUGUUAUGUACUGUAAUUUUCCAAGCCAUAGCAGGUUAUGAGGAACAUGAAGACGUUAAGCAAGUAAUUAAAGAUACAAUAAAGAAUACUGACCUAUGGUCUAAUUACAAAAUUGGUCGAGCUGCUGUUAGAUAUGGUCAUUUUAGUAUAAGUUCCACAAUUUUUGGUAGUCUAAAUAAUCGUGUUAGUUCAGAACAAAUGCAUUUUUGGUUGGCUGCAUUAGAGACUAUAAGUACUGCAGAGUCUCAACUUGCAUCAUCAAAUCCCUCUAAAUUAUUAGAUAACUUGGGCAAAUCAAUAUCUACCUAUUAUAAAGCAAUAGCUGCAUUGAAAGCUGCAUCAUUAAUGCUAAUUUUUCAAACAGAAUAUACUCGUCUGCGGUGUGAAUUAUUACAAUGUUUUAUGCGUUUACUGUCUACUUGUAACAGUUUUUGUACUACUCCUCCUCCUGCUAUUGCGUCAGCUAUUGUACAAGCUACUAGAGAUGAAAUGCAAAGCUAUGGUCAUAUAACUAAUCAAUUAAGAAAAAGAGCAAAAGAAUUUAAAGGAUGUGCAGAUUUAUAUUGGAGAUUAUAUCAAUCAGCAUUUGAUGCUGAUCCCAAUACACUUUAUCACUUACAACUUUUACAACACUUGUGCCUGUUGAUGGCUCAUAGCAUUGAAACCGUAGCAGUUUCAAAUAAAUGUGAAUGUCCAGUUUUGGAUUCUGAAUUGGAAAAAGAAGGUUCCUUAGAAAUCCAAUUAAUUGUUAAGUGUAGACAAGAACUCUUAGAAAUAAUGAGUACAGUAAAAGAAAAAGCAAUCACUCAUAAACAUAUAAGAUCUCUUAAAAAACAAGCAUCUCUUUUGGCAACUACACCUAUGUGUUUUCCUCGAUAUUUUUUCCAAACUUUACAAUCUACUACUAUAACUUUAGCGGUAUCGCCUCAACCUAGAGUUAACGGAGAGCCUAUUACUGUAAAUAUGGGAAGUAAUUUUGUAGUUAAAGUUGAAGGAGUUGUACAACAUGGAACAAAAGCUAAAUUUCGUAAAGUGGAUGGAAUUCAAUUAACAAUUAUGUCACAUUUAAUUACAAGAAAUCAUGAUGCUAGACAAACUGAAGGAAAUCUGAUGUUAACACAAACAGUAAAACCCCAUAAAGACUUCUUUGCAUCAGAAUUUUGUCUAAGUUUUAACCAAGGAAGUCAACAUCAAGUUCAUAUCGAAGCAGCUUUGAUUGACGAUGCUGCAUCUGUUUGGCAGAUUGGAGUACGGAGUACUUUAACUAUAAAAUGCCAUUAAUGAAAAACAAUAUUUUUGGAUUUUUUAAUUUAUUUUAUCUAUAUUGUUAAUACUUUCACCUAUAUUACAAA